AUGUCCUCAAAUACAGAAAAUACUGCUGGUAUUGGUGGUAAUAAUACGAGUACUGGUAAUGCCAGUGCGGCCACAGCAGCUCAGCAGAAUAUGGUACUACAACCAAGGCAGUUGCAAGAAAUGACUGCGAAAUUUACGGCCUUACUGACUGAAGCAAGAAAUGUAGGGGAAACUACCCCCAGGGGCAAAGAAUUGAUGUUUCAAGCCGCAAAGAUCAAACAAGUAUACGAUGCUCUCACAUUAAAUAAAAGGAGACAACAAGCUGCACAAGCUUACAGGAACGCUUCCAUGGGAAACACAAACUCUAAUUCGAACAACCCAGUCACUAUGUCUACUGAAAAAACUUCGAAUUCAUCACAACAACACCAGCAGCAACACCAGCAGCAGCAGACAAGGAACAAUAGUAACAAAUUUAGCAGCAUGAUAAAGCAAGUACUCACUCCUGAAGAAAACCAAGAAUAUGAAAAACUGUGGCAGAAUUUUCAGGCCCGCCAUACGAGUAUAAAGGAGAAAGAAACAUUCUUGAAACAGAAUAUUGAUAGGUUAGAACAAGAAAUAAAUAAACAGACAGAGGAAGGGGCAAAACAACAGCUACAAGAAAAGAAAAAUGAGUUGCUUAACGAUUGGAAAGUUUUAAAAAUUGAGUAUACUAAGUUGUUCAAUAGCUAUCAAAACAGCAAAAAGACAUUCUAUGUGGAGUGUGCGAGACAUAAUCCAGCUUUACAUAAGUUUUUACAGGAAAGUACUCAACAGCAACGAGUGCAGCAGCAGAGAGUGCAGCAGCAGCAACACCAGGGUCAAACCCCAACAAAUACCUCUACAAACUCCACUGAAAUAUCUUCUACGACUGCACUUGAUGCAUCGAAACCUCAGCAGCAACAACAAAAUACACUUCCGGGCACUAAUACACCUAGAGGAAAUGGUAACGCUCCGCAGACUGAGCAAUCGAAAGCUAAGGUAACUAAUGUGAAUGCAACAGCAUCUAUGAUGAAUAACGUAAGUUCAAGUAAGUCAGCAAUAUUCAAGCAAACAGAACCUGCCAUACCUAUAUCAGAAAAUAUAUCGGCUAAAGCGCCAGCACCAGUAGCUUAUAGAUCUAACAGGCCUACGAUAACAGGCGGUUCUGCUAUGAAUGCAAGCGCCUUGAAUACACCGGCAGCGACUAAAUUACCACCCUAUGAGAUGGAUACUCAGAGAGUUAUGUCGAAGAGAAAAUUAAGGGAGUUGGUAAAGACCGUUGGCAUUGAUGAGGGUGAUGGUGAAACUGUUAUUGAUGGCGAUGUAGAAGAAUUACUGUUGGACCUUGCCGACGAUUUUGUCACAAAUGUCACUGCUUUUUCCUGUAGAUUGGCCAAACAUAGAAGAUCGGAUAACUUAGAGGCAAGAGACAUUCAGCUACAUUUAGAAAGAAACUGGAAUAUUAGAAUUCCUGGUUAUUCGGCCGAUGAAAUAAGAAGUACAAGAAAAUGGAAUCCUUCCCAGAGUUAUAAUCAGAAAUUGCAAAGCAUUACAUCUGAUAAAGUGGCAGCUGCGAAAAAUAACGGUAACAAUGCUGCGAACCUAAAUACGAAAAAAUAG